AUGAGUAAUCGAAGCUUUAUGACAGGAGCCCGAACUUCAAUGAUGGUCCGAGAGCCUGAAAUUGAAAUUUUACACAAGCACAUCGAAGAAAUCACAGAGAAGCUGGAAAAAGAAAAGCGCGAAAGUGUCUACUUAGACCAGCAGUUAGAGUAUUUUCAGGAUGAACUAAGCAAAACUAGUUGUUUAAAUAAGACCCAUUUUACAUCUGGCCCAACUGAAAUCCAGCUGAAAAACAAGCUGCAGAUGCUAGAAAAGAAGCUCGACCUCGAAAUCACGAGUCUUAACGACAUGAGGUCACAAAACCGAUUGAUUCGACAUGAAGUAAAUGUCUUUCGCCGCGACAAACGGCACUACAAAAGGACUCUGCAGAGCCUAGACGAAGGCAUCCUAAACGUCAGCGUCGUCACACAAGAAAAGCACGAAGAACUCACGACUAAAGUGAAUUUAGCAAGCAGGAAUCUCAAUAAUAUUGAAAAGCUCAGAAGUAAAAGCCUGAAUAAUAGGAGCAUGUACAGCCAAAAACUAAGCGAGCUUAGCACUCAUAUUUUUGAUGAAAAAGAAAGAGAACAAAAAGUCCAUAAGAGGAUUGAGAAAGGAAUACUUGGGAAUUUGAAUAGUCCGGGGGAUACGAUAGAAAUUACGAAGCUGCUGAAAGAACUGACAAGCAAAUGGAAAGAAAAAUUGCAGGAAAAGAGGAAAAUACUGGAUAACUAUGUAAAACAUAUUAUGAAUAUUGAAGAUGCAUUUGAGGAAAUUAGAAACGCGUCAGGGAUCGCUGAUUUUGAUGAAAUAGUGAUUGCACUUAUUAAAUCGGAGCAGCAGCUGUAUGAAAUUUGUACGUAUAUCAAUAAUAUGAAUGCGGAAAUUGAUAGGUUGGAAGAAGUACAUAGUGAGACAAUAGAAGCAAUAAAAUCAUAUGGAAUUUCCUUAUUCUUCCUAGCGCAAAGCAAAAUUAUUAUAUAUAUAAUUAUUUUCAUAUAAAUAGUAAAAACUCUAGUAAAUCUGUUCAAUUUAAUACAAUUUGUUUAAAAAAAUAGCUAUUCGCAUCAAAAAUUUUUUUCAAAACUUUCUAUAAAUAAUUAUUUAAAAUAAUUUUCUUUAUAAAAGCCAAAAAUUUCUAAUUAUAUUCCAUGAAAUUAGAAUUCGGACUAGAAAAGCUGAAUUCACUCUAUGAAAGCUCUAAGAAAAAGCUCAACGAUCUCGUCGAAGAUAAAAACGGAAAAAUACGACAAACUGAAAACUUCAGGCUCUCACUCGAAAGUCUGCAACCUUAUUUCAAAGUAACUUAUAUUUAGCAAGUCCUAGAGCGCUGCAAAACUAGUUUAGCUGACCUAGAAAUCGCCGAAGAAAUCAGACUUGACGAAACCACUACACUUACAGAGCAAAAUAUAUUCAUACUACUAGGAGAACUAGAAGAAUACCUCGGCCAUCUCCAAAUUUUCAUAUCCAGAAGAGAAGACGGAGCAGUAGACUCCUCCAGGCUAAACCGAUCCUCAAUCCUGCUCCAAGAUAAAUCUCACGAAUUUAAAGCCACUUCCCUGCGAGACCUCCUAGAACUCAAAGACCUCCACCAUGACCCAGAAAUCGAAGACGUCCGAUAUCCGAUUUCUGUACAAAAACUAAAAUCGAGAGCAAAAAGGCUCGCAGCCACAACCCCAAACCUCGAAGAAAUGACUCGAAAAAGCAAUCAGUAA